AGAGGAGACGUUCGCGACUACAUAAAGAGCAGUAGGCGGCGCGUCAGACUGAGAAAGGCUGGUCAGGUUUAACGAACAGUGACCACGGGCUCUGUCUUUAACGUGGAAAUAACCGUUUAAUAGUACUGUACUGUGGGUGGGUCACCCACCCCUCAUUCUGCACCGAAGAGCUGCUUUAACAGAAUUGUAAUAUCUGAAUUGGCAGUUCAGUGCGGAAAUGUCCAGGUUAUUCCGGGCUGUUAUCAUGGGUCCACCAGGCUCGGGGAAGGGGACCAUAUCCGAGAGGAUCGCGCACAGUUUCGGCCUUAAACAUUUGUCCAGUGGAGACUUUGUCCGAGAAAACAUCGCUGCGAAAACUGAGGCUGGUGUUCUAGCUAAGACGUAUAUAAAAAAAGGAUUGCUUGUGCCAGACCAUGUCAUGACGCGUCUUCUGCUGCCUAGAUUGGAGGAGAUGACCAAAUACAGCUGGGUGUUGGAUGGUUUCCCUCGAACGCUAGCUCAGGCUGAAUCCCUGAACAGUGCCUGUGAUCUGGAUGUAGCUAUCAACCUCAACAUCCCUCUGGAAACACUGAAGGAAAGGCUACGACAUCGAUGGAUACAUCCACUCAGCGGCAGAGUGUACAAUAUGUGCUUUAAUCCUCCCCGCGUCCAGGGGAUAGAUGACAUCACAGGAGAGCCAUUGAUUCAACAGGAGGAUGACAGACCAGAAGCCCUGGUGGCCAGACUGAGACACUACAAAGAUGUUGCCAAACCUGUCGCAGACUUUUAUAAGGGUAAAGGGAUCCUGUACACAUUCUCGGACACAGAGACAGAUCGGAUCUGGCCGAAUAUCAGCACACUUCUCAGCACAAAGAUCCCUACCAUCCAAUCAGAUGCUCGGUAUGCUUCAACUCACUGAGGAAAUCCACUGAAAGUCUCAUAUCAGAGAUAACGGUGUGGCCUCCUCUUAGAGGAAUUACUAAUUGACCACAUUUGGUUUCCAAAGAUUCCAUGCUAGUCACUUUUAUUAUCGCAACUUGUCCAUUGGUAGUAUAGUAUUAUUCUUCAUAGUGCUAGCUUUGAUUAUUUCAGUUUCUGUAAAGAUUUUAUACAUUUCAAGGACUUGUUCUCUGCUUUAAGCAUUUGCUGGAAUCUGGGAAUCAGUCUGUUAAAUUCAACUUAUAUCUUACAAUAGUCGUAAAAGAUUGAUAAAGGGUCAUUUCAUCCAAAAAUGAAAAUUAGCCCAUAAAUAACUCACUCUCACUGCUUAGUGCCAUUAAACAGCUUGAAAGAUCAAAGACAAAUUUUAACAUAACUCCUACUGGAUUUGUCUGAAAGAAAAAAGUCAUAUGCACUUAGGAAGACUUGAGGGUGAGUAAUUUAUGGGCUAAUUUUCAUUUUUGGGUGAACUAACUAGGUUUCAACUCAGAGCGCACAAAUUUAUAUAGAUGUUAUUAAAUCACAUUAGAAUAUUGAAGGGUAGACACAUGUCACCUUGUGUAAGUGAAUGAGACACUGAACUGUUCAAGCAUUCCAGUGAGAUUUUGUUAUUUCUGAAGGGGCUUUACUAGAUAUCAUCUCUGUCUGUUGUGUUUGCAUAUAUAUAUAUGUGUGUGUGUGUGUGUGUGUGUGUGUGUGUGUGUGUGUGUCCAAAUCACAUACUGUGUGCCUUGGAGAAGUACAAAUUCUUGAUCUGCUGAAAUUGCUAUUGUGAACACCAGGCUUUAUUCUUUGAAAAACUUUGAUAGAGUGCUUACCUGUUAAGAAUCAAACCAAUGUUAGAGUAACACUAUAGAAAAUGGCAAUAUAUAAGAAUAAUGUGAUAUAAUAAUCAUAUACCAUAUCAGAUAUUCUUCAAACACUGCCUUUUUUGGUAAAUACUGUUCAGUAAGAGCCAUACUUAUGAACUAAAACCGUUGAUAGAAAAUAAUCUAAUGAGGUUACAAGAUUAUGUAUUGUACCCAUUUAAUAAAUGUGCCAGUGUUCAUCCAGAACAAGAGUGAUGUAUUCUGUAUCCAGGAGAUUAAAGCAAAGAUUCGUCAAAAAUCACAGAUUAAAUUACAAUUAGAUUUACAUUGUUUGUCCCCAAAACAUAUAAACUGAAGGAGUGUUAGGCACACAUGACUUUAUAGUUAUCAACCUAUGUUUAUAUCUUUCUGUUUUCUUUCAUUCUUUCAUGCUUCCUGUUCUGUCUCCCAUGACAUGAUAUGGUCUUACAUAUCGGACAAUAUGGAAUGGAGAAAACAUGUAAAAUAUCUCCACACAUUCUCGUUAUGCAAUACCAUAGACAAGAAUUUACAUUCCUGAGCUUUCCUCCCCACCCCCAAAGAAAAUAAACUUAUUUUCACAGAAA